GUUGACAAGCGUGCUUUCCAGAGUCUAUGCUAAACGGUUAGACACUUUAUAUAUAUUAUUAUAAUUUUCUCUUAAAACUUAUAAUAUUUCGCUUAAUCUAUAUGACACUUUAUAGAUCGAAACAAUAGUGUACCAGCCUAUCCUACUAAGUAGAUACAGAAGCGAAGUGUUCAUGAAUAUUCUUAGUAAAAUAUUCCUACUGCCUUUCGGCCAAAUCCACUUCAUGACCAUGAAGUUUAGAAAAUGCAGUGUAUAUAUCGGAUGUCGUUAUAAACUAAUGAGGCAGAUUAGCUCUCCUAUCCGAAUUUAUGGACAUUCAAUAAGGGUCAGAGUCACGUUUGUUGAGGAUCCGCUUAAUAGCCUUAGAAUACAACAAGAAAUUCCAACGACAGUCGGGUCAACGUAACCGGAGCGGAUCUGGAUUUUUAUUCCACCAAGGAUUGUCAACAGCAUGCCAUAUUGAUGGAUGAUGUAAUGUUUACACGAGAUGGCUUCAAGUAUGACAUAAUCGACGAAGUUUUGACCCUACUCUCUGUGAAAUAUCAUAAUUCUACCAACUGUCAAUGCAACUAAUGACACUUGGUAAUGAGUAAUAAUGACACCCUCUUAUCAUAUGAUUCGCCUUCGCUUGCGACUGACCGAUUACCCACAUACCUAUACUUCUUUGUAGGUAUAUGAUAAGAUUAUUUCUUGAUUUGCUUUUCACUUUCUACUGUUUGAAAAGAUUUAGUAACAGGUAAUCAAUAAAAUCAACUCGGAAGCCAUAGACAUGUCCCCGUGUGUAUGUGUGUGUGUGUGUACAAGUGACCCAAAAUUCCGCGACUCGGCGCAAGUUCUCAUGUCAAUGUAGCAUAAUACAAUUUAGAAUUUAGUUGGUUACCACUAAGCGUCGAGGUCGGAACUUUUUCGCAACAAUUUGUGGCCUGCACAGGCUGCGAAAUUGUUGAUUGAAUUACAUUUUUUUUCUGUUAGCAGCCAGUGAUCCGUGGCCAGUGGCAAGUGGCAAGUGAAAGAAGUACUUUCGAAAUGAAGCCUAAGAAAGGCGCAUUUGCCAACUCCUCGUCGGGUUAUGGCAAAUCGCGAAACAGUUUUCGCAAUAAUGCGGGCAAGCAGGAAGAAGCCGACGCCAAAGUGGACGAGAAGCUCAAGGCAGACAAGGCCAAGGAGUUGCACUCGGAGAAGGAUCUGAACUCCGGUUUUGGCGAUUACUUGCGUUCGCCGGAAGCCGUGGAAAUAAUGAAGCUCUUUGUUUUCGCCAAUUCCAUCAUGCUGAUUAUUACAAUGGCUUGGCCGAAUUUUAAAGAGCAUUACUACAUGUUGCGAGAAUGGCUGGAGUCCUUCCAAGUGGCGCAGUAAUUUAUGUAAGACAACAAAAAAUAUUCAAGCGAAUUAAAAUAUAAAAAUUAAUUAAAAUACAAAUAAACAAAGCAUACAUAUAUAUAAUAUUAUAACCACAAAUGCUAUAAGAAAUCAAAAGUGAAGAAAAAAGAAUACUGUUUCUGUUUAUCAACGUACCAUAUAUUAUAUAUUUAUUGCAUAUUAAUUACAUAUUGACGUAUAAUAAGUUUCAAAAUGGUCGGACCCUUCAUGCAGGGUGUGCUCCUCAUGGGCAUUAUCUAUUGGUACACCAGAGGUAUGCUCUCACUGAUUAACGACUACUAUCGCAACGAAAUUCAACGUAAAAUACAAACAAACGAGCCGUUGAAUGAAUCGAGCGAUUUUAUUUAUGUUGAUCAAAUAAUCGAACAUCAUUUGGCGCAGAUCAACGAUGCGGAGCAGCAACAACAAGGUGUUGAGCAAAUAACAGAAGGGUUUAGAAUUAAUAAUACUAUUGGUGUAGAUAUGCAAAAACCGAAAACAAAAUAUAAAGACGUGGAUAUUAAAGGCGUCUGCAGACGUGAGCAACGUCUGCAAGAGUUCUUUAGAAUAGUGAAAGCAACAAAAAAUAUUUGUUGGUUAAAUGAGACGAUUUGGGCGACGGCGAUAUGAGCUACCACAAUAUACAUAUGAAAAUAUAUUACAUAAUAUACAUAUACUACACAUACUAAUAUAUACUUAAAGGCGCCUAAAUGCUGGCUUAUAUAAAUGUCUACUAAAAAAUUUGUUUGAAAAGUAUGCAGAAUAAUAAUCAAUACUUAAAAUGAGACAAAAGUCACAAAUGCAGUGACAAUUACAUAUAAUACUGCUUAUAUAAUUACAUAUAUAUUCAACUCUAUUACAUAUUUACUCAAACAAAUUUAUUCACUCUAUAUAAUUAUGUAUAACGGUGUUUCAAAUGGCAUAUUGCGGAAAGAUCUCAAUUAAAUGCUUAUGCAUCUUCUCCAAUAGAUAUGUACGCAUUAUACCAUACACGUUACACUUUAUACUAUACUAUACAUAUACUUAUUGCUUAUUGCUUAUUACACAACAUUUAAUUUUAUUGAUAUUAAAAGUUACAAUUUGUCAUCAAUAUUUCAUGGAUAUGAAUCAACUUUGCUAAGAACUCAAAUGAUGUUUACGAAUAUACGUAUAAAUAAAUAUAUAUAAAAAUACAAAAAAUUUAAAGAAAAUAAUAAAUAAAUAAAAAAGGAAUUAUCGUUACUCAUAUAUAUGUAAACGUAGUUUAGAUCUGUGGCUUGGUAUGCAUAAUUAAAUCACGUGAGCAGCUUGAAUAAAAUUUCAGUAUCCUGUGCAUCGUUCUACGCAAAAA